AUGGCCCUAAAUACAACAGAUGAAUGGUUGUUGACCCAUCGAGUUGACCUGCAUAACGCCCUGCGCACCGCAGCCACCAAGGAGGUUAAUGGUCGCAAAAUCAACCUCCGCCUCUCUUCGCGUGUAUUAUCGGUGGAUGCAGAGGCCGGCGAAGUAGUCCUCGAAGAUGGUACCAAAUACCUCGCUGACCUAGUUGUAGGGGCUGACGGUAUCCAUUCCCGCACCGUUCAGGCUAUCAUCGGCGAAAACAAAGGACGCCAGAGCACCGGUCAAAACUGCUUUCGUUUCUUGGUGCCCAUGGAAAAGAUACAGGCCAAUCCACUAACUGCUGCGCUUAUGGCAAAGACGGGCAUUGAUGGCGUGCAUGCCUUCGCGGCGCAUGACCGACGCAUCGUGGUUUAUCCCUGCCGGAGUGGUCAGUUGCUGAACGUGGCAGGCAUUCACCCUGCCGGCAAAGAGACGAACGCCAGGGAUUCAUCGUGGCUUGAUGGGGGCAGCUUGAGCCAGUUGAUGGAGACCUAUCAGGACUUUAGCGAAGAGCUUCAGGAGAUGUGUCGUCUUGCCGAAGAUGUGAAGCUGUGGAGCCUGGCUUCGCGCAGUCCAGCUCCCACGUUCGUGAGAGGCAAGUUGGCUUUAAUCGGAGAUGCCGCGCAUCCCAUGCUACCUCACCAAGGACAAGGCGCUGCUCAAGCAUUCGAAGAUGCGGUGGCGCUUGGUGGAGUGAUGACAGAGGAUAUGACCAUAGAGCAGAUCCCGCAGCGUCUGGAAUUGUACAACAAAAUCCGGUAUAAGCACGCGGUGACCGUGAUGCUGAUGUCCAAAACCCACGAUGAGCGACGGGCGGAGAUGUUGGAAGAGCUCCGCUCCUACGUGGCUGACGCGGAGGUCCCUAAGGAUAUGUUCGCCUUCACUUGGCCGUCAGAUCCAAUUGGGGAGGCACAUCGACUGGUACAGGAAGCCAGGGAUAGACAGAACGGCCCGCGUUUCUACGAGAAUUGA